AUGGUGGUUAAAUUGCUUGGUAGACCUAUUGGAUAUAAAACUCUCUGUAAUAGAUUGGAUUCUAUGUGGAGUUUCACCCAAGGUUUUGAUAUUAUUAAUUUGGAAAAUGAAUUCUUCUUGGAUAAGUUCAAUAGUGGUUCAGAUGUUGAAACAGUAAUCACAGGAGGUCCUUGGGUUGUUCUUGGUCACUAUCUGUCGGUGCAAGCUUGGAAUCCAGAUUUUGAUUGUAUUAAUGGAAAGAUUCACUCUAUUCAUGCUUGGAUUCGUCUUCCUGGUAUGCCAAUCCAUUAUUAUAAUAAAAAAGUUCUGAGAUAUAUCGGUGAUGUGGUGGGCAAAGUUGUGAAGAUUGAUUAUUGUACGGAAGUGGUUGAACGCGGAAAAUUUUCUAGAAUAGCAGUAGAACUGGAUUUAAGCAAAUCUUUAGUGUCUCAAUUCAAUCUCGACGGGAAAGUUCAGUUUGUGGAGUAUGAAUGCCUCCCACGUAUUUAUUUUGAAUGCGGAAAAUUUGGACAUGUCAAAGUUCGCUGUCCGUAG